AGGAUGCCUGAAGAGGAGACUGGUCGUGUGUAUUCCGAUCGCAAGCUCAAGUAUGCCGAGCGAUUGGAAACACUCCUAGCCACCUUGCCCAAGGUUCUCAUCAUCAGUGCGGACAAUGUUGGAUCACAGCAGAUGCACAUCGUUCGCAGCAAGCUCCGCAAGGACCCUAAGGCCGAGAUCCUCAUGGGCAAGAACACCAUGAUCAAAUUCGUUAUCAGACGUUAUGCCUCUUCCUCGGGAAACUCGACCUUCAACAGGCUUGCUGAUCUCGUGAAGCUCAACUGCGGUCUCGUGUUCACCGACGCCGACGUCAAGAAGGUUCGCUCGAUCCUUCAGGAGAACAAGGUCGUUGCCGCUGCCAAGGCUGGCGCCGUCGCUCCCAAGGACGUGUUCCUCGAGGCUGGACCCACCUCUCUCGAGCCCACCCAGACUGGUUUCUUCCAGGCCCUCGGUAUUGCUACCAAGAUUACCAAGGGAAACAUCGAAGUUAUCAAGCAGGUUCAGUUGGCGAAGGUGGGCGAGAAGGUCGGAAGCUCAGAGGCAGUUCUUAUGGGCAAGUUGGGAUUGAAGCCGUUCGAGUUCGGCUUGAUCGUGACCAAGCUCUUUGACGGCGAGUCUGUCAUCGACCCCUCGGUUCUGGACAUCGACGAUGAGGAUAUCCGCAAGUGCUUCCAGCAGGGAAUUGGCCGCAUCACCAGCAUCGGUCUUAGCAUCGGCUACCCCGUGCCCUCUGCCUGCCCUCACCUCCUCAUCAACGCCUUCAAGAACCUCGUCGCCUUGGCUCUCACCACCGACAUCGACUUCGCUGCCGCGGCUGAGAUCAAGGACAUGGUCGCUAACCCCGAGAAGUAUGGAGGAGGCGCUGCUGCUGCCGCACCUGCUGCUGGAGGUGGAGCCGCACCUGCCGCCGCCGCUAAGGCACCCGAGCCAGAGCCUGAGGAGGAGGAAGACAUGGGCUUUUCUCUGUUCGAUUAAGUUCAUUAAAGAAAAACUGCACGGAAAA